AUGGCUGUGUUGUUCCUUUUACUUCUGCUGGGGUUGGCACUACCCCUUGGAAUGAGCACAAACGAAUACAGCAUCAAACACACAGGAGAGUUAAUCCUGACAAACCAGCUGAACAGUUUAGUAAACGUAAGAGUGGUGCCAAAUGAAAGUACAUUUAGCUUGGAGGUAAAUAAGGUGAUUAAUUUUCCAGUGAAUUGUAUCCCUCAUAGUGCAGUAGAUUACAACACAGGAAAGAAGAAGAAGCCAAUUUAUUUUGUCAAGCAUGAAUUCAAGAAUUCGCUACAUCUGUAUAAAAAUAAUGUAAACCUGUUGGCGCUAAAUUUUCCGGACAAAUUCUACAUUGUAGGAAUAGCUGCAAAUAAUGGGUUUAUCCUAAUGAUCACAGAUGUAGAUAUUUACAAAGUAGAUGUGAAGAAAAAAAAAAUAUCCGUCUUAAAUGUGAUAUCACAGAAAUAUGCCAACAUAAUGAAUAACAAAGAAAUGUUCUUCACAGGUAUCAUUGCAGAUUCGCAGGAAAAUCACUUCUUCGUCAUUGCAGCGAUAAAGCAAAAUUAUUUUAUUCUCCAUAUGAAGUACAACGAGCAGCAUGACCACAUAGAAAUUAUAAACGUGAUUGAUACGGUUGGUGGGAGACCGUUAAGAGUGUUGAACGGAUUAGCAGUUCUGGAUAACAGUCUGUUCAUCACGGAGAAUGCAGAGCAUGUCUUCAGAUUGACACUAAACAGGAACAAUAAAUCUGUGCAGGCGAAGAAGUUACAUACCUUUUCGAAUGGUGAUAAGAUAGUCGGUCUCAGUGUCAAUGUGAUGCCAGACCAUGGGGACAAGAACAACAAGAGGGUCUACCUCACUGUGAAUGUAAAGCACGUAACGAAUGAUAAACCGUCAUCGGAAGGAAAACUUUACCUUAUGAGCAUAAAGAAGGACGACUCCGUUGACGUGUAUACCGUGCUGGACCUUUACAGUAAGGAUAUAAAUUCGCUAUACUUUUCCAUUUACGAUGUCCACCUGGUGAAUGAAGAGGAAGAAUACGAAAAGGGGGCCCUCACAAAGGAACUGAACAAUAACAAAGCGAAAUUCUUAAAUUUGGACAGUGCCACCACGAACAAUGCUACGAUUGACAGUGAAGCAGAAAUGGCGGAAAAGAAACGAAAAGAAGAAGACGCCAAGUAUAAGCUAACCCUUUACUGGACAAAUAACUACAACUGUACUGUUAACAAGGGAAUUAUCGACUUAAGGAAUGUAAAGGAAGGUCCAGGUGGUAAAGGAGCUAAAAUGCCAUUUGUCAGUAUUACAAAUCAGUAUGCUUUGGCACCCCACGUUACCUCUGCAAGUAGUUGCUCUGGAAAGGAAAAACUUUUCAAGGACAUGUGUUACUACGAUUCAGUGAAUAACUAUGUCAGUCUCCUGAACAAAUCGGAAGAAUACAAUGAACAUUACAGUGGCAAUUUCCUCUUCGAUGGGUUGAAAAAUUUUAUUGCAUUUGAUUAUAAAUCCCAUAUGGAUGUCCAUGUGUUGACGUACCCCAUGAACAACACCGUGUAUGUCCAUGCAGAUAAGACAAAUUUUACCAUAAAUUUGCCUAAACCUUUUGGAUUAUGUAUGGACAUUUACAACAGCACAGAAAACAACGUCAUCGUGUACAUUACAGGAAAUGACGAUGCACAGAAUUACGUGAAUAAGUGUGUCAUUAACAAAGCGGAAGAGUCCUAUCAGUGCUAUAACGUGUACAGGAAGAAAAACGAAUCGAAUGAAUACUUCCAACAUAUUUCUUAUAUAACGUUCGAGGAAAGCAGCGGUAACACACGGAAUUAUAUCUACAUAACUAACAAUAAGACACAUAUUUAUAAAAUGACAAAACAGAAUGACAAGUGGCUAUUUGAGGAAUGGCUCAACAUGGAUGAUCCCAACCAACGGGUUGGUCCAAUAACAACCUCCGUGAACUAUUUUUUUGUUAAAAAAAAUGUCCUCGAUAAUUUCCUACGCAAGUAUCCUCAGAAAAAACUGCUUGCAAAAUUCCAGCACCCCAAGCAGGACGACCUACACAUAACGGAGGACGGCUACAUUUUCCUCACCACGUCCCACACUGUUAUCUUCGUGUCUAAUAAUGAUUCAUACGGCCAGGAAAGUAGCUCCAGCAUCCACUUUUACACGUCCAUACUGAAGGAGAAAUACUAUCAGUCCUUCUUGGUCGAUAGUUUGGUCUUCAAUAUAGAGAACAGCUCCAGGUUCAGUUACUACCUGGAUCACUGA